AUGGCCGAUCAACGAGAGCAGAACGAACCUGUCACGGCUACUGAGCAGCCAGCCGCUGCUCCUCAGCCAUCCACAACUGAGUUGCCCCCUAUUGAAGCAGACACUGCCUCCAUCGACGAAAGCUCCUCAAUCGGUGGCUUCUCAAUCGAUGAUUCGCAGGCUUCGAUAACUUCUUCCCUCUUGGACUACCGUCGCGAGAACGGCCGCACCUACCACCGUCUUAGCGAAGGCAAGUACUAUUUCCCCAACGAUGAGCAGGAACAGGAUCGUCUAGACAUCGUCAAUCAUCUCUGGAUGGUGCUUCUCGAUGGUGCUUUCUGCAAAUGUCCUAAGAAUGACGGGGCCAAGCGUGUGCUGGAUUUGGGCACUGGCACAGGCAUCUGGUCUCUUGACUACGCCGACGCGCACCCGGACGCUGAGGUCAUUGGCGUCGACCUCAGUGCCAUUCAACCGGGCUAUGUGCCUCCAAACUGCAGUUUUGAACUCGAUGACCUUGAGAAGGAAUGGACGUGGACGAGGCCAUUUGAUUUCAUCUUUUGCCGCAACAUGAUCGGCUCCUUCACCGACUGGGACAAACUCAUCAAGAAGGCAUACGAUAAUCUCGAGCCAGGAGGAUACUUCGAAAUCCAAGACAGCCAAUGGCCUGCUGUCUCUGACGACGGCUCGCUCAAGGAAGACUCAGCCUUGUACAAGUGGAUGCAUACGCUGACCGACUGCGCUAAAAAUAACGGUCAGCCCAUCCACCUCACAGAGACCUUCGACAGCAUAAUGGAGGCAGUGGGUUUCGAAGAAGUCCAGAAGGUUCCCAUUCGCUUUCCCGUUUCGCCGUGGCCCAAAGACAAGAAGCUUAGGGAACUGGGCCUUUGGACGCAAGCUUCCCUCCUCCCUGGCAUUGAGGGCAUGACUCUGGCAGCUUUCACGCGUCUUUUGGGCUGGACUAGGGAGGAGACGUUGGUGCACUGUGCACAAGUGAGGAAGGAUAUUAAAGAUCUGAGUAUCCACGCCUAUUACAAAGGCUACAUCAUCCACGGGCGAAAGCCGCUGAAGGCCGACAAAGAAGAAUGA